UUGGGUUGAGCCAGGUUAGGUUGGGUUGAGCCAGGUUAGGUUGGAAUGAGCCAAUUUAGGUUGGAAUGAGCCAGUUUAGGUUGGGUUGAGCCAAAUUAGAUAGGUUUAAAAAAAUCCGUUGCGAAUCGUCUUGCGUACGAAUUGACUCUUGCCUCCCGCAGCACACGCAGUUAUCCCCUGGACGAGGCUGCAGCUCCCUCACAACACCUGCUGGCCACCAGCCUACACGUGUAAAUAUGCCGUUUUUCAUUCGAGGAAAACGACAAGGGAACAUCAAACACAAGAAAAUAUUAAAAAGACCAAGAAAAGGUGAUGUCUCUCAAGCCAAGAAAGCUAAGUUUACACCAGAUUUGGAUGAAGAGAUCACAAGCGAGGAAGAUGAGCAUUAUAUAAAAGGAAAGUUGAUAAAUGAGGAUGAGGAGGAGGAAGAGGAGGAGGAGACUGCACAAGAGAAGAAAGUGAGACUGGCCCGCCAGUACCUUAAAGAACUACAAGACCAGAAAACACAAGAUGAAGAGGAUGAUGAAGCUAUUGGUGUUCGGCUUCGAGAAGAUGUGCUUGAAGCAUCUGGAAAGCUGCGAAGAAAUGUUGCACACACAUAUAUAGAACCUGACCAACAGGAUAUUCGUGUUCUCAAGUCAAAACACCAGAAGCUACCCAUUACUUGUAUUUGUGUUUCUCACGAUGAAAAACACAUUUUUUCUGGUUCUAAAGAUUGCUCUAUUGUGAAAUAUACCAUAGAAGGAAAAAGAUUAGGAACUAUUCCUGGUGGGCGAAAAGGCACAGAAGAGGUACAUAUUGGACACACAUCUCACAUAUAUUCCCUAGCAGUUUCUUCAGAUGGGAAAUUCUUGGCAUCAGGUGAUCAAGGGGGUUAUAUACACAUCUGGAAUGCAGAAACUCUUGAGCACCUGAAGACGUUUAAGAAGCAUCGUGGAGCUGUUUCUGGAUUGGUUUUUCGUCGUGCCACACACACACUCUUUUCUGCUUCACACGACCGAAUGGUGAUGGUGUGGAAUCUUGAUGCUAUGGCAUUUGUUGAAAAUUUAGGUGGCCAUCAAGAUGCAAUAACAGGAAUUGAUGCAUUUGUGAGAGAAUCCUGUAUUACCAGUGGAGGACGUGACCAGUCAGUGAUUAUAUAUGUUCUAGUUGAUGACAAACAGCUGAGGUUUUCUGGCCACCAGGAUUCCAUAGAUGGUGUCAAGCUGGUUAAUGACAAAACAUAUGUUACCUUUGGUCAAGACGGAGGACUUGCUUUGUGGACAACCUUAAAGAAGCGCCCUCAUUGUCUUGUAAAGGCAGCUCAUGGCUAUCAAAUGAAUGGUCAACCUAAUUGGCUGACUGCUGCUGCUUCUCUUGUAAAUACUGACCUCAUUGCAUCAGGUUCAAUGGAUGGGUUUGUUCGAUUUUGGAAAGUUGACACAGAGGGACACCGAACUUUGCAGCGUUUGUUCUCAGUUCCUGUUCCAGGUGUGAUUAACUCGCUGGCAUUUACAACAAGUGGAAAUCACCUCGUGGUCGGAGUAGGACAAGAGCAUAAAUUAGGAAGAUGGUUUAAAGAAAAAUCGUGCAAAAAUUCCAUUGUUAUCAUUCCUUUAAAAAAAAAAAUUAUGGAAAAAAGUGUGUCUUAGUAAUGACUAAUAAAUUUGUUAUUGAUAAA